GAUGGUCAAAUCUAUCCCUAAACAAAACUCCCAAGUCGGAUUCUACUUACUACAUCACUCCAACAAGCUCCAAAACCAGUAAAAAUAAAAUAAAAUAAAAUUCUCCGAUUUAUAAAAAAAUGUUUCCACAAUUCGGAGCAACUGCCGAAACCCUAAGCAAAGCAUCGACGAUAAUGUUCAGAAUCGGCACCGAUGCGCACCUAUACGACGAUCCAGAGGACGUUAGUAUCGCUCCAUUGCUCGAUAGCAAGUACGAUUCGGAGAAAUGUGAAGCGCUUAAGCGUCUUCUAGCUCUCAUCGCGCAAGGCUUCGAUGUCUCCAAUUUCUUCCCUCUGGUGGUAAAAAAUGUGGCUUCUCAGUCUUUGGAAGUAAAGAAGCUGGUUUACCUAUACUUGCUGCAUUAUGCUGAAAAGCGUCCAAAUGAAGCUUUGCUGUCAAUCAAUUCCUUCCAGAAGGAUUUGGGAGACAUAAAUCCUUUGGUGAGAGCCUGGGCACUUCGUACCAUGGCAGGAAUUCGUCUACAUGUAAUUGCAUCUAUUGUUUUGGUUGCUGUGGGCAAGUGUGCCAGAGAUCCAUCUGUUUAUGUCAGAAAAUGUGCUGCUAAUGCUCUUCCCAAGUUGCAUGAUUUGCACAUAGAGGAACAUUCUUCUACAAUUGAAGAGAUUGUUGGAGUUUUAUUAAGUGAUUCUUCUCCUGGAGUAGUUGGAGCUGCUGCUGCUGCGUUCACUUCUGUUUGUCCUAAUAAUUAUUCUUUGAUUGGAAAAAAUUACAGAAGGUUGUGUGAGGUUCUUCCUGAUGUUGAGGACUGGGGUCAGAUAGUCUUGAUUGGAAUCCUUCUGCGCUAUGCGAUAGCAAGGCAUGGACUGGUAAAAGAAUCUCUAAUGUUCUUUUUACAUACCAUGGAGAGUUCUCAGUCUGAGAAGGAUGGUUCAGAUGUUGAAUAUUCAUUAGAAAAAGAGAAUGGUGCUGCAAGUUGGAAAUAUGACUCUGAGUUGGCAAGUAUGGUCUCCAGGUGUUAUAUUGAAGGUUCUAAUGAAUAUUUAGCACGGACAAGUUAUGCCGACAGGACCUCCUAUGAAUUUCAUAGCGCAAAAUUUACUUCUGUCAGAAGUAAUGAUGAUGUGAAGAUGCUGCUGCAGUGUACUUCCCCGUUGCUAUGGAGUAACAACAGUGCAGUAGUACUAGCAGCAGCUGGUGUCCACUGGAUUAUGGCCCCGUUUGAGGAUGUCAAAAAAGUUGUGAAACCGGUUUUGUUUUUGCUGAGAUCGUCGACUACUUCAAAAUAUGUGGUUCUCUGCAACAUCCAAGUGUUUACCAAAGCUGCACCUUCCCUCUUUGCUCCAUACUUUGAAGACUUUUUUGUGCUCUCUUCAGAUUCAUAUCAAAAUAAAGCUUUGAAGCUGGAGAUCCUUUGUUCUAUCACAACAGAAUCAUCUAUGCCUUUCAUCUUCAAAGAGUUUCAGGAUUAUGUCAGGGAUCCAGACAGGAGAUUUGCUGCUGAUACUAUUGCUGCAAUCGGUUUAUGUGCUCAACGUCUUCCCCAAGUGGCUAAUACAUGCUUGGAAGGGUUGUUGGCUCUGACUAGACAAGAGCUUGCUGUAGAGCUAUUGACCGGUGACUUUGGAUCAACUAAUGAAGAAGCAGGCGUUUUAGUUCAAGCAAUUACAUCAAUAAAAUCAAUCAUAAAGCAAGAUCCUCCCAGUCAUGAAAAGGUUGUAAUUCAGUUGGUUCGUAGUUUAGAUUCAAUCAAGGUACCUGCAGCCCGAGCAAUUAUAGUUUGGAUGAUGGGAGAGUACAGCAGUUUAGGGAACAUAAUGUCAAAGAUGAUAACCACUGUACUCAAGUAUCUUGCAUGGAGCUUUUCUUCAGAAGCAUUGGAAACAAAGCUUCAGAUUCUUACCACUACUGUGAAGGUGCUAGCAGACGCGAAGGAGGACGAUUUUCAGACUCUUAAAAAAGUAUGGACUUAUGUGCUGGAAUUGGCUGAGCUUGAUUUGAAAUAUGACGUUCGUGAUAGAGCUCGCUUACUGAAAAAACUUGUUUCAUCAAAAUUAGGAUCUCAAGAGACCAAGGAGAAUACUAAUCAAAGAGAGGACGUGCUACAUGUCCUUGCAGAUUGCAUCUUCCGAGAACAAACAAUGCAAUCAGCUUUGGAGCCUAUUAACUAUCGUAUUUAUCUUCCUGGAUCUCUGUCUCAGAUAGUUCUUCAUGCAGCUCCAGGAUAUGAGCCUCUCCCGAAACCUUGUAGUAUACUUCAUGAUGAGCUUAGCAAGCUCUCAAACACUCUGCAUGAGGCAGAUAUGUUAGGGGAGGGAACUAACAGUUCUGGGACUUUAUCCGAAUCUUCAUCUCAGGGAACUGCGUCAGAUUAUAGCUCAGAGCGUUCUAUUAUUGGGUCAAGUGGCGAUGGUACUGGUGAUGAGAAUGGUUCUACAAGUGGCAGUGAAAAUAAUGCUGAUCCUCUGAUUCAGGUUUCUGAUGUUGGGGAUGGACAUAUAAUUCAGAGUGGAGUUCCUCAGUCAGCAUCUACUGACUUGGGGGAACUGAUGUCAAAGAGAUCUCUAGAGUCAUGGUUGGAUGAGCAACCUACUUUGUCAAACCCAAGUACAUCAGAAAAAAGUCCAGUCCAUAGAUCUUCAGCAAGAAUUUCCAUUAGGGAUAUUGGAAGUCGAGUUAAACCUAAAAGCUAUAAUCUCUUGGAUCCUGCAAAUGGAAAUGGCUUGAAGGUGGAUUAUUCAUUUUCAUCUGAAAUUUCAACCAUAUCACAUGAACUUGUAUGUUUAGAAGUUUCCUUUGAGAACUGUUCCACUGAGACCAUUUCGAAAAUAAUGUUGGUGGAUGAAGAAUCUAACCAAGCUUCAGAUUCUACGGAAAGCUCCUUGAACUCUCAUAAUGAUGUGCCAAUACUGGUUUCUAUGGAAGAGAUAACUUCUCUGGAACCCGGUCAAACGAUAAAGAGGAUACUCCAUGUUCGUUUCCAUCAUCAUCUAUUGCCUUUCAAGCUGGUUUUAUAUUGCAAUGACAAGAAGGUUCCUGUCAAGCUGCGGCCUGACAUUGGAUAUUUUGUAAAACCUUGUCCCAUGAAUAUCGAGGCCUUUACAGAUACAGAGUCUCGUCUCCCUGGAAUGUUUGAGUAUAUACGGAGCUGCGCCUUCACUGACCACAUACAGGAGCUGAACAAGGACAAGGGCAACAUGAUUACAAGAGACAAAAUUCUCUUAGUCUGUGAGAGUCUGGCUGUAAAAACGCUUAGCAAUGCUAAUUUUUCUCUCGUAUCCGUUGACAUGCCAAUAUCCGUCAAUCUUGAUGAUGCCUCUGGUUUAUGCUUACGGUUCAGCAGUGAACUUCUGAGCAACUCAAUGCCCUGCUUGAUUACCCUUACUGCUGAAGGUAAAUGCACGGAACCAUUGACUGUAUGUAUAAAAGUCAACUGCGAGGAAACUGUAUUUGGCUUAAAUCUUUUGAAUAGGAUUGUGAAUUUCCUUAAUUGAGAUUAUUUAUUUUAAUUUAAUUGAGAUCUUUUAUUUUAAUUUAAUUGAGAUCUUUUAUUUUAAUUUAAUUGAGAUCUUUUAUUUUAAUUUAAUUGAGAUCUUUUUUACCUGCUUGUACCUGUUGAUAACAGUGAAAGCUGUUUAUUAUUGAGUUGAGCAAGAAUACUCGUAAAUCAACAAAGAAUGUCUUUGGCGCUGUUGUUUUAAUUUAAAUUGUAAUUGCAUUUGCUAA